AUGGCGGACGCCACCAACGAGGCCUCAGCGGCGGCGGCGGCGCUAUCGGAGCUCACGGCGCUGCUNAGUCCGCCUCUCUGUAUUCUCCUCGCUGAUUGGCUCUUGGAGCUGUCUAUCAAAACGGUUGCCAGGCAACGCGUCAACAUCGGCUCUCUGCUAUGGCGGCGCAACGCCACAGCGGCGGUAGAGACGAACAAGGCCGCCAUCAUGGCGGACGCCACCAACGAGGCCUCAGCGGCGGCGGCGGCGCUAUCGGAGCUCACGGCGCUGCUCUCCCCGUCCUCCCCCGCCGCUCCCCAAGCAGCCGAAGCCGCUCUGGCUCUGUCCGGUAGCGACUCGGGCCGGGCGUUGCUGGCGGGACACCCCGCGGCUUUAUCCGCCUUGGCCGCCAUGGCCGCUUCGGCCUCCAGCGGAGCCCACACGGCUUUGGCCGCGCUGGUGAACGCGUCCGCCGAACCGGCGGCGCUGGAACCGCUUCUCGCCGCUUUUCCAACGCUGCUGCCGCUUUUACCGAGCUCCGGAGCGGUUUGCGGGAUCGCGGCCAACCUGAGCCGGGAUGAGCGGGCGGCGCCGCGGGUGUUGAAGGCGAUGGGACCCGGGGCGGAGGCGCUGCUGAGGGCCCUGAGCGCGGAGCGACCACCGGCGGAGCUCGGAGCGCUGCUCUGCAACCUCAGCCAAGCCAGAGAGGGACGGCGGCUGCUGCUGGAGCGCUCCGGGUGA